AUGGCUGUAUCGCAUGCUCUUCUUCAAAGGUCUCCAUCUCAAUCAAUGGCCUCCAUCUACCUCUCUUCGAAUCCAAUCAUCUUGCCUCCUCCUCCCUCUGGAAGAAUCUCGGACCGGACCUCCGCCGAUCGUCAACAACAUCCUCCACACCCUUCCACGGCCAUCCUCGUCGCUCAUACUACCCCUCUCGCCAGUCUCGCCAUCACUCCCUGUGGGAAUCUUGUCGCUACCGCCUCCGUCACCGGCACCCUCAUCCACAUCUGGAACGCUAAAUCCGCCUCCCUCGUCCGCGAACCUCGCCGGGGUACUGAUGUCGGGGAAAUCAGGGGCUUGCUCUUCAGACCCGACGGGCUGGUCAUCUGCACUACUAGCGAUAAGGGCACCAUUCAUGUUUGGACCCUUGCGGAGAAACUGUUGAAAUUUUAA